AUGGAAAAUUAUUAUUUUAUAUAAAAUUAAUUUUAUAUAAUUUUAUUGAAUUUCAAAUUAAGCUUCAGAAUUAUAAAUUAGAAAGCAAAAAGAAUAAAUAUUUUAUAAUAAAAUCACUAAAAACUAAAAAAAAUAUAAAAGAAAUUAAUUUGUUUUUAUAAAAAUUUAAUUGUUUAAAAAUUAUUUUAACAAUAUUUAUUAAAUAUAUUUUUUAAACAAAAUUAGCAAAAAAUUAGGGAAAAUACAAGCAAUUAAUUGAAAAAAAUGAAUGACGUUUAAGAUUUAGUUAUUAAAGAAAUAAUAUAAUAAAAUGAUUAUUUAGUUGAAUUUUAAGAAUAGCAUAGUCUAUUUGAAAGUAUAUCAAAUAUCAAAUUUGAUUUUAGCAAAAUAUUAGCUAAAAAAAAAGUACUUCUCAAUUAACUUCUUGAAGUUUUAAUGAAUACUACCAAUUUAAAAAUAUUUUCAAUCAUUAUUUAAUCACUUUAAAUAAAGCCUUUAGAAAUGCUUAGCUUAUGUAAUUUUUUACAAUCAAAAAAUUAGAUGCUUGAACUUGAGCUUUAACUAGAGGAUUGUAAUUUAAAUUUUAAUUAAAUAUAAAACUUGUCAAAUUCUUUAUCUGGAUUUAAUUAAUUGAAAAAGUUAAUAUUAGAUGUAAGUGAAUCUUUUAUACAAUCUAAAGGAUUGAUCUAUAUUGGAAAAGCAAUUUAAAAUUUGCCUUAGUUAUUACACUUAACUUUAAAAGUCUGGUAUUGCUAGAUAGAAUUGGAAGGUUUUAUUGAUUUUGCAUUAAAAUUGUUUGAAGUAAAAUCACUUAGAGUGUUAAAUUUUGAUUUUGGAUGGAAUUUGUAUGACAACACUUAAUAACAGCUUGUAAAAAAUCUAUUGAAAAAAUAAAGGAGAUUAGUAAAUUGUGCUUACUGA